CGGGCCUCACACUGAAGCCCGUCCUUGCACUCCCCGCGCUGCGGCCCUCGGGACGGGAACCUGCCCCCGCGGGGCUCGCGUCCCCCGGGCCUCCGGGAGCCGUGUCUGUCCGCCGCCCUCCGGGCUCGGCAGGGGGGCCUGGGGAAGACUCGGCGUCGCGGCCACGGGGCCCCGACGUGCGGCGGGAAGAGGGGGCCGGGCCGUCCCGCCUCGGCGCCGGCGGGGCCGCCCCCGCCGUUUCCCGGGGCCAGGGAGUCGGCGAGUGCGCCCACCCUCCCAGCUCUGCCGGGCCCCUCCUUCCUUCCACCGGGCUCGGCUCGGGGGCCCGGGCCGGCGCCGUUACCACCCCCUUUUGGCUCGUCAUUUCCUCUCCCCGCCGCGCUCGCCGGGCCGCACCGCACACCUCAGUCCUGGAGCCCGACCAAGCGGGCUCCCCUUUCCUGCCCGGCCCGCUCGUGCCGGGAGCCUCACUCCCGGGAGACGGCUCGCCCUUCGCAUUUUUUCCCCGGAAGCCGCACAACUUGCUUUUCACACUUAGUUCUGCCUCGUGAACUCGUCCUCCCUUGACCGUGUGCAUUCCUUUUCCUUUCACCUUUCCGUGUCACUUUGAACGUGUCUUAGUUCAAUCCACAGCUACUCUUGGUUUAUUUUUUUCUAAUAUACUUUCCAAUUCCAUAUUAACGUGUUUUUUCAGGAGGUAUUGUUGGGUUUUAGGGUAAGAAAACCUCUCUGUUGACAACCAAGUAUGGGACAGUUAGCAGUGUGUACCGGGCACCGGCAUGUUUGAUGGGGAAGGAGUGGGCAGAUGUGAAUGAGAAUCUGCCCUGCCUAGCGGAGAUUGACAGGUGAACGGCUGAUCAAUACCUAAGGGCAGUGAUGUAACGGGGCCAGGUUCCGUUUUGUGCAGGCAGCACUGACGUGGGAGCUGCCCACAGCCUCCUGGAAGCUUUCUGUAGCCGCCCCUUUGCUGGACCUCGGGACGAUGGGGUUCCUUCUGACCGGAGAGAGGAGCAGGGGCACCGAGGUGCUGUCAGCGGGGCGGGGGACAGAGUAGGCAGUAGUGGUGAGAGUCUAAGGUUGGGAACACAAGGUUCUGACUUGCGGGGUUCUGUCCCAUAACAGCAGCUUCUUUGGGGGGAUAAAGGGAGAUUUCCCUAGGACUUGAUAAAAGUUUUUACUUAUGUGAAGCACCUAGUGCAGUCCCUAGCACACAGUAGGCCUUCAGUAUAUGAUGCCCGUUUUUCUAAUCACAUUUACUAAAGUCAUACAACCGGUAGGUUUCAGAAAACAACUAAUCCAGUGUUGUUUCAUUCUUAUCCACAGUAAUAGAUGUGCAGUGUGUCUUAGAUAUUUUUUAGAACAUAUCACUUUUUAAAAAUAUGUUUUUAUUGACUUCAGGGAGAGAGAGAGAAUCAUCAAUGAUGAGAAUCAUCCAUUGCCUGCCUCCUGCACACCCCCUACUGGGUAUGGACCCUGAAACCCAGGCAUGUGCCCUCACCGCCUAUCGGAUCACUUUAAAGCCACCAAACACUUGGCUAGACUUUCUAAGACAGCGGUUGCCAACCUUUUGGACCUCACAGAUCCGUGUAUAAUCUGGUUACUUUUUUGCUGAACACCUGGAGCUCCCACCUGUCUACAGAAGCACUUGGAAUUUUGAGAGACAGUAUCUUUCACUUGCGGAGCACAUCUCACAGUCUUCUAUAACCUCCGGAGUGAAGUUCCCUGUGCACAGGAUUCUGACGUGGAGGGACCAUGGAGCAGUAUACAGCGAACAGCAAUAGUUCAACAGAGCAGAUUGUUGUGCAGGCUGGACCGAUUCAGCAGCAGCAGCAGGGUGGUGUCACUGCUGUCCAGUUGCAGACUGAGGCCCAGGUGGCAUCCGCCUCAGGCCAGCAAGUCCAGACCCUCCAGGUAGUCCAGGGGCAGCCAUUAAUGGUGCAGGUCAGUGGAGGCCAGUUAAUCACAUCAACUGGCCAACCCAUCAUGGUCCAGGCUGUCCCUGGUGGACAAGGUCAAACCAUCAUGCAAGUACCUGUAUCUGGGUCCCAGGGUUUGCAGCAGAUACAGUUGGUCCCACCUGGACAGAUCCAGAUCCAGGGUGGGCAGGCUGUGCAGGUGCAGGGCCAGCAGGGCCAAACCCAGCAGAUCAUCAUCCAGCAGCCCCAGACAGCCGUUACUGCUGGCCAGACCCAGACACAGCAGCAAAUUGCUGUCCAGGGGCAGCAAGUGGCACAGACUGCUGAAGGGCAAACCAUCGUUUAUCAGCCAGUUAAUGCAGACGGUACCAUUCUCCAGCAAGUUACAGUCCCUGUUUCAGGCAUGAUCACCAUCCCAGCAGCCAGUUUGGCAGGAGCACAGAUUGUUCAGACAGGAGCCAACACCAAUACAACCAGCAGUGGACAAGGGACUGUCACUGUGACACUACCAGUGGCAGGCAAUGUGGUCAAUUCAGGAGGGAUGGUCAUGAUGGUGCCUGGUGCUGGGUCUGUGCCUGCUAUCCAAAGAAUCCCUCUACCUGGGGCAGAGAUGCUCGAAGAAGAGCCUCUCUAUGUGAAUGCCAAACAGUAUCACCGCAUACUUAAGAGGAGGCAAGCCCGAGCCAAACUAGAGGCAGAAGGGAAAAUUCCAAAGGAAAGAAGGAAAUAUCUGCAUGAAUCUCGGCACCGUCAUGCCAUGGCACGGAAGCGUGGUGAAGGUGGGCGAUUUUUCUCUCCAAAAGAAAAGGAUAGUCCUCAUAUGCAGGAUCCAAACCAAGCAGAUGAAGAAGCAAUGACACAGAUCAUCCGAGUAUCCUAACCCCAGGCCAUGUGAUGGAGAUGAUCAAGGUCAUGUUCCUCACCACUGUUCCAGGAAAUUGAUCACUUCUUCCGAUGGGACACUGAUGAUCACAUUCUGCCCUUUUCUGCAGGACAGAAACCCACUUAGUUUUUCAAAGUGGCUUGGUAUUAUAAUUGCAGCGGUGUCUGGCAAAUUGAAGUUGCAAGGCUUUGUCUCACCCCUUCAGUCAGGACUAUUUUAGACUGUUGAUGACAUUGACGUUUCAUGGACUAGGAUGAUGCGAAGGACUCAUGCCAGCCCAACAGUACCACACACAGCACUUAGAUGUUGACUGGUGAAGCCAGCCAGCCAUCUGAGCAGGGGAGAACAACCUUCUCAAGCUAAACUACAAUCCGGGAAGCUGAAGCCCACUCCUUCCCAUGGAAUCUAAACACCAUCUCAGGCUAAGUGAAUGAACACUGUAUUCAGAGAUGACUUCCAGGCAUGGAAGUUCAAUCUCAUGGAAAUAAUAAAUUCUCUGAGAUACAUUCAUCUAAUCUGUGGUAAUAAUAAGAAUGUCUACACAGAUGAUAGGUUGGUAUUUUUGGACUCCAAGCCAAGAAAAAGCUAAUUCUGGGGAUAGAAUGAUAAAAGAAUCAAGCACUAAAAAUAAUUGCUGAAUCUUUUUUCAUUUUGGCCAGUUGUGGUCUGCUUGUCCAUCUGUUGACAGGUCAUCUGGACCAUAGUUCUUACUAUGGCUACUUGUAAGACAAUUUAGAAGGUAUUGGACCUUGAAACUUCCUUUCCUAAGUAGAGAACAAAAUAAUACAACUAUGCUGAAGUGCUGAGGACACUUGUAACUCCUAAACAGCGAGGCAAACUAGAGAUUUUCAAUCAUAGGCUUAGUGACAGCAUUUGGAAAAUAGAAGGGUUUGUGUGUGUUUCAGUCUAGAAGAAGAGAGAGAGGUAAUAUACCCAUGUGUUGUCAUAUAGCAUGAUUCUUCAGUUGAUGGAUGCCUGGGAUGGAUCAUUAAGAUGAAGAGACUAAUUUACAUUUACACUAUAAUCUUUUAACAACCGAAAGAGAGAAGUCUGAGAUUUGGUCUUUGACACUUUCUGGAAAGCACUGUUCAAUCAAGCUGUCCUGGACAUUCUCCAGGUUACCUCCUAGAACUUAACGUGGAUGUUGGCUUCACUCCUGCAAGUGCUUUGUGCUGGCCCCAGAAAACGGACAUUCUCAUGUUUCCCAUGGCAGCUGACUCAUUGGUGCCAGCUUCCAUUUGCUUCCCCCUUUCUCCAUAUGCCUUUGCAGGAAGGUUUUCACUUUGCAUCUACAUUUUGGGGACAAAUUACAGACUGGAACUAGAGAUGGCUGUAGUGUAAGGAAUUGGGCCACAGUUCCCAGAAUGGGUUGUGUCUCAUUUCUUUUCUAGAUGUUGAACCCUUGUAGAAAGUGAUACUUCAGAAGAGUUUCUGCCUACUCUGGAAACAAAGAAGGAAAACUUAAUUCUUUUUGACUUAAUAACCAAGAGUAAAGAUUGGCUCUUUUUAUAUUUUACUCUAAUUGUAUUAAGAGAUAAAAAGUAUUUCACUCUCUAAAGAAAACAUCAUAAGCAUUGUAAUGGUCUAAAUAGAGGUACAGAGCUAUGCAAAGAAAGCAGGAAGUGAAAUAUAUUUCUAAUUCCUGAAAUCGAAUCAUCUCCUGGCUUCCAGAUGUCAGAAAUGGAGGACUUAUUCUUUGGUAGACUCACUAGAAACUUCUGGCUCAUUACAUGAGUUUUAGAUGUUAAUUUAUCCAGUAAUCCCCAAAUUUGUCAAAUGACAGGUUACUAAAAACAAUGAGAAAUUUAUAUCCCUUGGUUUGUUUAGGAAUCUUUAAGAUGCAGAGUUCAGAAAGAGAUUCCUCAGACCUAAUUUCUAGUACUUAAGCCAAUAGUUCUAAAACGCUAUUUAUUUGUGUCUGUAAGUUUGUACAUAGUAAUUCCAGCCUCAUUGUUGCGGAAUUAUUUUUUCAUGCAUUUGAGUUUUGCUUGAAAUUAAAUGCUUCAGUUGUCAUUAUUGUCAUUGCAUUUCAGCUAAUUCAUGGCCCUUUUAUUGUGGUCAUUUUUAGCAUAUCAUAAUAACCCACAAAGUGGGGGUGAGGUGGAUUAAGGUUUGGAUUUUUUUCUUUAUUUGUUGCUAGAAGUUCUUUUAUUCAUUUUUCAUUUUGACUGUAGUGAUGACUUUUAGAUAUAGAGUGAAUGGAUGAGUGAAUAAUUGGUUUAAUAGUUACUUUACUUCAUGAAUGCUUUUUUUUUGCAGGAUAAUUGUAUAUAUUUUAAUUGUAUUGGUACAUUGAACAUGUCAGUGUCUAUAUCACUGGACCAACAACAUUUUUGGCUAUUGAGUGCCUGAUAAUAAUGUCUUGAUUUUCCUUUGGGACUCAGUUAUAUAUAUUUUCCCCUCAGCAGUAGGGGGAGUACAGGUGAUCUGAUCAUUGAUGUCAUUGCAAUUGUUAUUUUUAAAAAUAAAUUUAUGAGAAAGUGAUUGAA